UGGGAAUAAUAAACAUGUCCCUGUUGAAAUCUAGGCUUCUAUCUAUAACAUUCCUAAAAUAUGCUAGGCUGUUGGAGUCACUCUGACAGCAGAAGCGUUCGUUUUUUAAAAAGGGAUAUUUUCCCUCUCUCUGCUUCAGGCUCUGACAAGAGGAGCCUCAAACUCAGGGCUUGCUGGGAGCAAAGAGGUGGCUCAGAGUCAAGGGUUCUCGCUGCAGAACUGAGCACGAGACACAGGCAUUUCUGGAAGCGGAGGCUAUGAAGAGCACUUGUUUGCUGGGCGCCAGAAAAGAAACAUUCGGCUGAGUUUACUGCGUACUUUCAUACGGCUGGGUUUCUCCCUCUACUUAGCUGGGUGAGUCAUUUCCCCCCUUCUCUUCACCAUCUUCUAAAAACAAACAGCUGUGCUGGCCAGGGCGGCAGGGAGAUGGAGUCCAACAAAAUCUAGAAGGGCACAAGUUCCCCAUCCUUGCAUUCAAUAGUGAUCCCUGAUUGGUUGGGACAUGAUUGGUCUAGGACAGUGAUGGAGGAAGUCUAUGGGGCACCCCCAAAUGUUGAUAGACUACUGCUCCCAUUGUCCCUUGGCUACUCGCCAUGUUGUCUGGGGCUCGUGGGAGUUGGAGUUCAGCAAGAUCCAGGAGGCAGAACGUAGGAAACUGCUUUCUACUGAAUCAGAUCAUUGGUUCGCCUAGCGCAGUGCUGUCUACACUGACUGGCAGCAGUUCUCUAGGGUUUUAGGCAGAGCACAUUCCCGGCUUUAGCCUGGAGAUGCCAUUGGGGCGUAGCUGUCAACGUUUUCCUUUUUUUAAGGGAAAUUCCCUUAUUCCUAAUAGGAUUCCUCGCAAGAAAAGGGAAAAGUUGACAGCUAUGCAUUGGGGAUUGAACCCAGGACAUUCUUCAUGCAGAGCAAGGGCUCAACCACCGAGCUAGAAGCCCUUCCUUCUUGCAAGGAGACCAGAGCAUCUUAGCUACCCACGUCUUAUUUUGUUGCAUAAGGACACAAGAAUCACCCUGCAGGAUUAGGUCAGUGGCCGAUCUAGUCCAGCAUCCUGUUCUCACAGUGGCCAGCCAGAUGUCUGUGGGAAACCCUCAGCAGGACCCGAGGGCAAGAACACUCUCCCCUCGGCCCAGUAUGCCUUGGCCCAGUAGACCUGAAGGAGCAUCUCCACCCCCAUCGUUCAGCCCAGACACUGAGGUCCAGCUCUGAGGGCCUUCUGGCGGUUCCCUCGCUGAGAGAAGCAAAGUUACAGGGAACCAGGCAGAGGGUCUUCUCGGUGGUGGCGCCCACCCUGCAGAACGCCCUCCCACCAGAUGUCAAGGAAAUAACAACUAUCUGACUUUUAGAAGAAGACAUCUGAAGGCAGCCCUGUUUAGGGAAGUUUUUAAUGUUUUAUCGUGUUUUUAAUAUUCUGUUGGGAGCCGCCCAGAGUGGCUGGGGAAAUACAGCCAGAUGAGCGGGAUAUAUAUAUAUAUAUAUAUAUAUAUAUAUAUAUAUUAUUAUUCCUGCAGUUUGCAGCAACAGAGGUUCAAAAGCAUUACAGUGGUACCUCGGGUUAAGAACUUAAUUUGUUCUGCAGGUCCGUUCUUAACCUGAAACUGUUCUUAACCUGAAACUGUUCUUAACCUGAGGUACCACUUUAGCUAAUGAGGCCUCCCGCCGCUGCCACAUGAUUUCUGUUCUCAUCCUGAAGCAAAGUUCUUAACCCAAGGUACUAUUUCUGGGUUAGCAGAGUCUGUAACCUGAAGUGUCUGUAACCUGAGGUGCCACUGUACUGCCUCUGACCGUGGAGAAAAGGGCACAGUCAUCAUGACUGACAGCCGUUGACAGCCUCUUCCUCCAUGAAUUUAUCUAGCCUGCCAGUCCAGUUUUGUAACCACUGAGGGCUGAGUUCUAAUCCUACUCCUCUCUCUGCAUCUUCCUUUUUCCCCCCUUCCAGACAUCAAGAUGCAAGCUCCCCUUGAGGAGUGCCUGGGGGUUCUGGUGAACACCUUCCACAAAUAUUCCAGCAAGGAAGGAGACCGGCUUAAGCUCAACAAGGCUGAGAUGAGGGAGCUGCUUCUCCACGAACUCCCCACCUUUGUCAGGGUGAGAUCCUACGGCGAUGGCAUUUUACCAUUGUACUGUGGAGAGUGUAUUAACUUAUGGUCUGUGUGUGUGGUUUGGGAGCUGCAUGGCCAGGGAAAAAACAAUGCUGUCCAGGGUUGCAAAGACUGUGGAGAGAAUAAUUGGGUGCACUCUUCCCACCUUGGAUCAAAUCUAUGCUGCCAGGCAGUGCCAUAAGAAAGCUGCAGAGAUAGCGCAGGAUAGUGCCCAUCCUGGAAAUGAUCUCUUUCAGCUUCUGCCUUCUGGAAGAAGGUACAGUGGUACCUCUGGUUGCGAACGGGAUCCAUUCCGGAGCCCUGUUCACAACCUGAGCAGAACGCAACCUGUGUCUGCGCAUGCGCGUACCAUGAUUCGCCGCUUCUGCGAAUGCGCGUGAUGUCAUUUUGAGUGUUUGCCCAUGCAUGAGCGGCAAAACCCGGAAGUAAACCUUUCCGGUACUUCUGGGUCGCUGCGGGAUGCAACCUGAAAAUGCUCAACCUGAAGCAAACGCAACACGAGGUAUGACUGUACAGGGUUAUAAAGACUAGGACUAGCCACCUGAGAAACAAUUUCUAUCCAAAUGCGAUUUGUGUUUUAAACGCAGUAUAAGGUAGUCUUUACGGACGCAGGUGGCGCUGUGGGUUAAACCACAGAGCCUAGGACUUGCCGAUCAGAAGGUUGGCGGCGAAUCCCCGUGACGGUGUGAGCUCCCAUUGCUCGGUCCCAGCUCCAGCCCACCUAGCAGUUCAAAAGCACAGCAAAGUGCAAGUAGAUAAAUAGGUACCGCUCCAGCAGGAAGGUAAACGGCGUUUCCGUGCGCUGCUCUGGUUCACCAGAAGCGGCUUAGUCAUGCUGGCCACAUGACCGGGAAGCUGUACGCCGGCUCCCUUGGCCAAUAAAGCAAGAUGAGCGCCGCAACCCCAGAGUCGGCCACGACUGGACCUAAUGUUCAGGGGUCCCUUUACCUUUUAAGGUAGUCUUUAUGUGAAUAUAUUGUAUUCAACUGUGGGGUAUCAGAGUUUUUAGGGGCUAACCAGGCUGGGAUAGCAGGCUUGUGGGUUUUUGAAUGACUGGUGUAGAUUUUUUCAAUUUCGUUGUUCUGUAUGGGACAAUGACAAUAAAGAUUAUCGUAUUGUAUCAAAGACUUCCCUUCCAAGGUGGUGGCGGCAGGGGGUGGAGGGAGGUGGUGAUAAUUCUCAUCAUUUUAUUCAUACGCCGCCUUUCCAUAGCUAAAACCGUGCUCAAGGCGGCUUACAACCUAGAACCAUACAGUUGUAAGGGACCCUGAGGGUCAUCUAGUCCAACCCCGGCAAUGCAGGAAAUUUUUGCCCAACGUGGGGCUCGAACCCACAAUCCUGAGAAUAAGAGUAUCGUGCUCUACAGACUGAGCUAUCCCUGACAUGAAAAGAUAUACAUAACUAGAAACAUAGUAAAAGUAGCCACAGACAAGAAAUAGAACGUAUCACAAAGUGCAGGACCAUAACUGAACCAUUUCCAUGUGUAUCGUUCUAAGAUCUAAAAAUAAAGAUACAAAAGCUAAUAUCAGUAACAGCAGCAGCAACAAAAUCCAACGAAACUCCCUAAACAAUGGAAAUAAUGUUGCCAUACAUCUUUAGGGUCUAAGUCAAGGAUAAGGGAACUGGAUUAAGUACUUGGAACUCGCAAAGCUUUGGAGCACAGAAGCUUCCUUAUACAGAGGCAGACCAACUAGUCCAUCUAUCUUAACAUACUGACUGGCAGAAGUGGCUCUCUCUCAGCACUUCUUGAAGAUGUAUUGGGAUUGAACCUGGAAGCCUCUGUGUGCAAAGGAGGUGCUUCACCCACCGAACUAUGGCCCUUAGUCUCUCCACACCAUGAAUUAAUGGAACUGAAAGUAAGGAGAGCAGGUUCCCGGAGCGAAGCUUUUUCCAAGCGGACCACUCCCAGCAUCAUUGCCAGGCAUAGCUGAAUAAAGUUUUUGUUUCAGAUCUUUUGUUGAAUCUUGCACUUUAUGCCUUAAAACCUGAAUUCAACACACACACACACACACGGGGCAUCAGUACUAUGCAAGGAAAUCUGCUUUACUCUCAUCUCUUUCCCGCAGGGCAAGAUAGACGAACCCGGGUUCAAGAACUUGAUGAAGAAACUAGAUGAGAAUGGAGAUGAGGAACUGGAUUUCCAGGAGUACGCUGUCUUCUUGGCUCUCACCGCUUCCCUGUGCAAUGAGUUCUUCCAGGAGUGCUCAGAUGAGAACAACCGGAAAAGAUGAGGUCAGCGUUUCCAAGGGGACCUCUUUCACUGUUACACCAGCCUGACCAAAAACCUGCCAGGAGGGGCUGACGGUACAGUAAUAAAGAUUAUUCAAAUUGUG